AUGUCAGACAUAGAAGAGGAAUAUGAUGAGGAGCAGACAGAAGGGGAGGAGGAGCCAGAGGAGGAGCCAGAAGAGGAGCCCGAGGAGCAGCAGGAGGUUGAAGAGCAAGACAUCCCAGGGGAAGAGCCUGGCGCCCAAGAGGACGCUGGUACUUCAGAGCCCUGCAACCAGGAAGAUGAGGAGCAACAGCAGAUAGAAGAACAAGACGCCCAAGAGGAAGAUGAAGAUGCAGUUGAGGAAGAUCAAGAUGCCCAGGAGGAAGAAGAGGAACGCCCCAGACCCAAACCUUUGGUUCCUAAUCUGGCUCCUCCAAAGAUUCCAGAAGGAGAGAGGGUGGAUUUUGAUGACAUCCACAGGAAGCGCAUGGAGAAGGACCUGCUGGAGCUGCAGACGCUGAUAGAGGUGCACUUUGAACAGAGGAAGAAGGACGAAGAGGAGCUCAUCUGCCUCAAAGACAGAAUUGAGAACCGUCGGUCAGAAAGAGCUGAGAUUCAGAGGGUGCGAGCGGAGAAAGAGAAAGAUCGACAAAACAGGAUUGCUGAGGAGCGCCACAGAAAAGAGGAAGAGGAGGCCAAGAGGAAAGCAGACGAUGAUGCCAAGAAAAAGAAAGCUCUAUCCGGAAUGUCAAACUUUGGAGGUUUUCUGGCAAAGGCCGAGAUGAGGAAGGGAAAACGCCUGACCGGAAAGGAAAUCAAGAAGAAAACUUUGUCCGAGAGACGGGAGCCAUUGAACAUCGACAACAUGAGAGAGGACGCACUCAGGCAAAAAGCCCAGGAGAUGUGGGACUGGAUCUAUCAGUUGGAGUCUGAGAAGUUUGACUACAUGGAACACAUGAAGCAUCAAAAAUAUGAGAUUGUUGUGCUGCUGAACCGAAUCCAACAUGCCCAGAAAUUUAAAAAGGUCCACGGCAAAGGGAAGGUGGGAGGUCGCUGGAAGUGA